CUCCUCACUUUCCUCUCCCGUUCCAAUCUCCACUACUGUUUCAAGCAGCAGCAGCAGCAGCGGUGAGGAGGAGCAGAGUGAUGGAGUCUACCGCUCUGCCUUUUCUUGUUUCAAUCCCUCUCCUCCACCUGCUGCUCCUCUCUUCUGCCGCUGCCGCGUCCUGUCCGCCCCGCUCUUGUCAGCUUCUUGAUUCUUGUUCUACCGCUGAUGACUGCGCUGCGGGGCUCUACUGCGGCAGCUGCCCCGCAUCCGGCAACGUGCAGCCCGCCUGCGUUCGGGCCCUGGCCUACCAGCCCACUGCCUUCGUGAAGGGACUGCCUUUCAACAGGUACACAUGGCUGGUGACCCACAAUUCCUUCUCCAUCGUUGACGAGCCAUCCUACACCGGCGUCCAAAGAGUUACCUUUUACAACCAGGAAGAUACCGUCACGAAUCAAUUGAGAAAUGGUGUGAGGGGAUUGAUGCUGGACAUGUAUGACUUUGAGAACGAUAUCUGGCUCUGCCACUCGUUUCAGGGGCAGUGCUACAACUUCACGGCAUUCGAACCAGCAAUUAACACUCUGAAGGAGGUCGAGGAGUUCUUGACUGAGAAUCCAUUAGAGAUUGUAACAAUUAUCAUCGAGGAUUAUGUGCGUGCUCCCAAAGGGUUGACUAAACUGUUCACAGAUGCGGGCUUGGUCAAAUUCUGGUAUCCAGUCUCAGAGAUGCCCAUGAAUGGGAUGGAUUGGCCGAGUGUGACAGAUAUGGUGGCAAAGAACCAUAGGCUUCUUGUCUUUACCUCUGAUGCUUCAAAGGAAGCCAAUGAGGGUAUUGCGUAUCAAUGGCGGUACAUGGUGGAGAAUGAACCUGGAGAUCCGGGAGUGGUACCAGGUUCUUGCCCAAAUAGGAAGGAAUCACAACCACUGAAUUCAAGAUAUGCAUCCUUAUUUUUACAAAACUACUUCCCUACAAUUCCAGUUCAAAAUGAAGCUUGCAAGGAGCAUUCAGUUGGAUUUGCUGAAAUGGUUGAUGCUUGUUAUAGAGCAGCAGGAAAUAUAAUGCCCAACUUUCUUGCAGUAAAUUUUUACAUGAGAAGCAACGGAGGAGGUGUUUUUGAUAUUCAAGAUAGAAUAAAUGGACUUGCACUAUGUGGGUGUGGUACUAUCACUGCCUGCCAGGCUGGGGCACCAAUGGGAGUUUGCAAGAACACAGGAUCGCCAAAUCGAACUUCCACGAAUAGUGGAGGCACCUACUCUGGAAAAGGUAGAUAUAGCGAUUGCAAGGAUUGAAUGAGCGAGUCUUCUUCCAAUGGCUCCCCCAAAUAGCAGUGAUAUGCUUGAAAGAUUGAACUAGUGAACAUUAAAUUGAAUACCUUCUUUGGGCAUCCAUCCAUAUGCUGCAGUCUCCCAAACACAAAAUCCAUUUUAAGUCAAAAGCAGCUGAUCAAGGUUUGUGCUACCAGUUUGACUAGUUAAGGCUUGGUGUUAUCUAUUCCUCGAGGAAAAGCUUGUAUUGCUUUGUCUUUCUGAUUCUGUUUAAUUCUGGAACAUUUUUUGUUUAUUAUAAUAAGUUUGGUAGUCACAUAUGGAGAAGAUGCUUGUUUCAUUAAAGAAGGGUACAAGCAUUUCUUGAAUCUU